AUAAUUGUUUUAUUUAUAAAUUAUUUGUAUUGCUAUAAAGUUAAUGAAAAAAAAUACAAAAAUAAAAUUGGAAAUAGCAAGGUAAUCUCUCUCUCUCUCUCUCUCUCAGAAUUUCACUGCCAUGGCUGCUGCUGUCAACCCUUUCUCCCUGUUAAGGGGUCCGCUAAGAGUUGGAGCUUGGGCAACAAUUAAGGCCUCUAAAGAAGGCUUGUGUAUCUCCCCAUCUCACCCUAUUCUUCAAAAUGCUCCUCGUUUUCGUAGAACUAUGUGUUCGGUGGGUUCUACAAAUAAUGAAGAAGCUAUUGCCAAGGUAGCUGCAGCGAGUGCGGACAGUGGAGCUCCAACCAUAUUUGACAAAAUUAUAGCAAAAGAGAUACCUUCCACGAUAGUAUACGAGGAUGAAAAGGUCCUUGCUUUUCGUGAUAUCAAUCCUCAAGCUCCUGUACAUGUUGUAGUCAUUCCAAAGUCUAGAGAUGGGUUAACUCAGCUUGGAAAGGCCGAAGAAAGACAUGGAGAUAUACUGGGUCAUCUUCUCUAUGCUGCUAAAUUAGUGGCAGAGAAAGAAGGUAUUGUGGAUGGAUUUCGUGUUGUGAUCAACAAUGGACCUGCUGCAUGUCAAUCGGUUUACCAUAUCCACUUGCACGUACUCGGUGGAAGACAAUUAAAGUGGCCGCCAGGUUAAGUUCAGACUUGCAACAGAGCAGGAUGGUUAAAGCAUCUCUUGUUUUCUUCAGUUCCCCCCUUGUCAGUUCUAGUAUAUGCACUUGAUUUCAUGCUGAUCCCAUUUGUAGACUGUAAUCAUCGGAAACUAUGUGCCAUCACAGUUAGAAAUUUCAGAAAGUUAAGAAUUAGAUUUCUCCUGUAAUAAUUUUUCUUUCCAGUUA